AGGUUAGCUAGUAUUUUUAAUUUUCUGAAAACAUAACAAUUAUAACCAAGUGAAUUUAAAUAUCAUAUCGAGGACAGCAAUACUCAUUGGUCAGGUUUUUUUUUAGUUCAGACUUCAAGGUAUUUGUACAAGAUUGUUAUUUAUUGCAAGUUUUUGUGAGUUUAGUAUGGAUGGAAUAUUAAAGAGGAAGAUAUCAAUAUUUAGGGGUUAUCAAGACCGAUGGUUUGUCUUGACGGACGAUGGAUUAAUGAAACAAUAUGAGAAAAAGCCCAGUAAUGCAUCACAGAAAGCUAAAUGGGAAAUGAAUAUCAUGCUCGCUGAUAUUGACAAGAAAAAAGACGGACUGCGUUUCAAUAUUACUUCGAAUAAUGGUCAAAGCAUAAAGUUGAAAGCACAAUCGGAAGAUGAAAGAGAGAAGUGGAUGGAAUGUUUUAAGAAGUGCAAUUCCCUGGACGAGGUAGACGAUGAAGAAGUUUUCACAAGCGACAGCAACCAAGAAGCACGUUUUGAUGAACCCGAGCCAAAGCAAGGUACUCGGAAGCGUAAGGAAAGUGAUGCUGAUAUUUUGGAGAAGUUCAAAGAGAUGACUAUAUUCAAAACGAAGAAAGAUUAUUCAAUGGUGGCAGCAAUCGAUUUUGGAUCAGCCUAUUCUGAAAAUAUGUAG